AUGACUCACGACGCUGACUCGCCCCCUGCGAGCGAAGGGUCGACGACGUCUUGGCCUGCUACGGAGGUGGAUUUGUCCGAGGAUGCGCCGACGCCUCGUGCGACUUCGAAGGAGGGCAGCAGGACGAAUGAGAAUGAGGAGGAGCCUUCUGAUACGGCCGAUGAGCCUGCGAAGGACGUCGACGCCGCCGACACGGCGCCUUCGACGACCGACUCGCUCGCGACGCCUGCUUCGCCCAGCUGGUCUCGCUCCAGGUUGCCUGUGUCGGACGAUGAGGACGCCGCGAGCAAGGUGGAGGACUCGGCGCCCGUGAAGGAGGAGGAGAAGGCGGAGAAGGGAUCGCAGCUGGAGGAGUCGGGUUCGCUCGGCUUGUCACUGGGCAAGAAGGCUGGAGGGUCCACACAGGAGCACGAGAAGGCCGACGACGACGCCGCUGCGAAGGAAGAGGACAAGGAGGACCAGCCAAAGCGCCCCGCCUUCGUCCUCACUCGCCCAACCGUGAGCGGCGAGAACGAGCUAAUCUCGAUUACCCAGUCGUCGACCCCUUCUGGUUCUGUCGCCGGCGACGACAAGGACGAGGACAAGCCCGACCCUCGCAAUAUCCGCAUCACGACCUUCCUCCCCGAGACGAAGACGUUCUUCACCUCGCCGACGACCACGAACGCCAUUCCCAACUCGGCUGUCUCGCCACUCACGCAGACGUUCUUCUCGACCGACUUUUCCGUCCGCUCGCCUCCUCGUCCUGGAGGAGCCUUCAUCACCGAGCUUCCUUCCGACGCCGAAGUGACGGUAUCGCAAGCUGUGAAGAUCACGGUCGGCGAGCCCAAGCCGUCUCGCCCUCGUUCGAGGGACCCAUCGCGCUCGAGGGACGCCUCGCCGGCGAGGCGUCCGCCUUCGCAGAACAGGAAGCGUCUCCCGUCGCCUUCGCCUGUCCGUCCUCCUCGUCCGCACGUGUCCUCCCACACUCGCGUCUACCGCCCACUCAGCGACUCGGACGACGACACCUCGGAUGCUCGUCCGACGCACCUUCCUUUCGUUCGUGGCAGGACCGUCGUCUCGGCUCCUCCGCUUCGUACCGCUCCUCCCGGCUCCUUCAAGAUUCACCGACAGCCUCCUCAGUACUCGCAUACCCCUCGCACGCCGCUCUUCCAGUACGAAGAACCUCGCCGUCCCGCCUCGAGGCCAGAGGGACCUCGUCGCCAUUCACCUCGUCCGAACGAGCGACCGGCGCCCUCGCUCUCCACGCUACUUGACGGCCUGAAAAAGGCGCUCAAGACCGAUCCUACGACCUACUACGCUGUCAAGGGCCUCCUCGUUGAGCACGACGAGCGCAAGAGCGAGUCGCGUAAACAUAAGGAGUCGUACGGAGCGCCGGACGAGAAGCGCUCGUCUGGUCGCCGCCAUGACGAACGCCGUGCACGAGAUGAAGAGCGUCCCGCAGAUGUCUUUGAGCCGCGCAUCCCGGUCAGCUUCGCUUUCAUGACUGACCAUGACAAGUUGCGCAAGCCCGUGCGCCCUACUGCGCCCACCUCUCGCCCACCCCAGCCUGCCUCGCACAACGAGCGCUACAGAGAGUCGUCCAAACUUCCAACGACAUCGCACGGCAUCAAGUACCCUGACGACGACCGCCGCCCUCACCGCCCCAUCCCCGUCCGCAUCCACCACCCGCUCUCUCACGCCAUCCCCUCGCCCGAGCCGCCCUACCCUUCCUCACGCGACCCAUCGCCUCAGCGCUUCCUCCCGCGCUCGCAGACACUGACGAUGGCGCAGGCUGCUCGUCUCGCGGAGGGGCUCGGCGACAGGCGUCAGGCGGACGACCUUCGCAAGACGGGACUGAAGAGCGGCGAUAAGGUGUCGUUGCUCGACGAGCGUGACGGCGGAGAAAAGCUGAAGAAGAAGGAGGAGAAAGUUUCCAGCGGUACGGGCAAGAGCUCGAGAAAGGAGAAGAAGGAUGGCGAGAAGAGGGAGGAGAAGCCCAAGUCGGCUCGUCGUCACUCCUUCGACUCGGUGGUCGACUACAAGCCCUCGUCGCACUCUUCCGCCGCGAACAGGCACGCCGAGCAGUCGUCGUCUCGCAAGGCGGAGAAGCGCUCUCGUUCGUCCGCUCGCAAGGACGACGCAUACCGCUCGCCCGUCGACAAGUCCGUCGACUACCGGUACUCGACCGGCAGACCUCGCGACACCGUCGACCGCUACAUCGCCAGCGAGGCCUCGUCGAAGAAGGGCGGCAAGGGGAAGGAGCGGGCCAUCUCGUUCGACUUUGGCGAUUUGAUGUGA